UAUAUAUAUAAACCACCACAUCCCACACCAUUUCCAAACACAGCCAGCUUUCUCUUCACUUAUUACUCAGAAACUCAAUUUUUAUUUUUGCAUUGCCCAUCCCACCAUUUCCAUACAGCUUUUCCUAAUUCGCCAAGAAACACAAACACAACCUUUUUCGUUUGAGUAAUAAUCCCAUUAUAUCUCUUUCCUUCACUAUGGUGGAUUGCCACAUUCUCCUUCUAACUUUUCCGUCACAAGGUGCCAUCAAUCCGUCAAUCCAAUUUGCCAAGAACCUCAUACGAAUGGGUGUUAAGGUCACCAUUAUCACAAGUCUCUCCGCUCACCGUCGCAUUACCAAAACCAACAGCACAAUCCCAAAAGGCUUAUCCUUAUCUGCCUUCUCCGAUGGCUAUGAUGAUGGGAUUAGUUUGGACGAUAACCACGACCAUUUCCGGUCUGAGCUCAGAAUUCGCGGUUCCAAAGCCAUGGCAGAACUCAUCAAGGCUAGUGAGGAAGAAGGCUACCCAAUAACUUGUUUAGUCUACAAUAUGAAUCAACCGUGGGCUGCUGAAGUUGCUCUUGCCCAUCACAUCCCAUCCGCAGUUCUAUGGGUUCAACCAGCCACGGUUUUCGAUAUCUACUACUAUUACUUCAAUGGCUAUGGUGAUGCCAUUAGAAAAAAUGGCAAUGACCCUUCAAGCACUAUUCAGUUACCGGGUUUGCCAUUGCUUGCUAGCCGGGAUCUUCCCUCCUUUCUGGUCCCUCCACACUCCGACAAAUUCAGUUGGGCAGUUCCAGAAUUUAAAGAGCAGCUAGACUUGCUUAGUGCCGAAACCAACCCAAAAAUACUGGUGAACACAUUCAAUGCAAUAGAGCUGGAGGCCUUAAGAGCUACGGAAAAGCACAAUUUGAUCCCAAUAGGACCUUUAAUAAUCCCCUCUGAUGCUUCCUUUAGAGGAGACCUCUUUCAACAAUCACAUGGUUAUGUUGAGUGGUUGAAUUCGAAGCCCAAAUCAUCUGUUGUUUACGUAGCAUUUGGAAGCAUAGUCAUGUUUUCGAAGCAACAAAUGGAGGAGAUUGCACGCGGUUUGUUGGAAAGCCAUAGACCAUUUAUGUGGGUGGUGAGGGAAAAAGGAAAUGGCGAGAGAGAAGAAGAUAAAUUGAGUUGCUUAGAAGAAUUGAGACAAGAAGGAUUGAUAGUGCCAUGGUGUUCUCAAUCGGAGGUUCUAUCACACCCAUCAUUGGGAUGUUUUUUCACUCACUGUGGUUGGAAUUCUUCGUUGGAGAGUUUGGUUUCCGGAGUUCCAAUGGUGGGGUUUCCACACUUUACGGAUCAAAUGACGAUCGCAAAGCUUAUCGAAGAUGUUUGGAAGAUGGGGGUGAGAGUUGUGCCGAAUGAAGAAGGAAUAUUGGAGAGGGAGGAGAUUAGGAGGUGUAUAGAAAUGGUGAUGGGAGGAGGAGAGAGGGGAAGAGAAAUGAGAGGAAACGCGAAGAAAUGGAAGGAAAAGGCACGGGAAGCUAUGAAGGAUGGUGGAUCAUUGGAUAUGAAUCUCAAGGCUUUUGUGGAUGGACUUGGAGAUGGUCAUCAGUAGCAGUGAACUCUAUUCAUGAAAAUGAAAACGGUGUUAUUUGAAUAAAUGAUCAUGCUUUUGUUUGUUCAAUUUAUUUAUUUAUUUAUAUGGAGUAACUUUUUCUUUGUUGGUGGCAUUUGUAACUUAGUCCAGUAUUUGUCAUGUAAAAUAAAGUAUGUUUAUGGUACAAAUGUGACAUAUUUUUUA